AUGGGCCCUAGGUACGAUGAGUGGUUUAUGAACAUGCAUAAUUUUCACGAGUGGGUUGGCACUCACGGCCUGCAUGAGCCCGACGAUCCCCUUCGCAAUCCAUACACGGCCUACCAUAAGCAGGAAGGAACCCCAGUUUGGGCCAUCAUGGCGCAGAACCCUGAGAAGAUACAGGCCUUCCAGACCGGAAUGGCAGGCAUCGAUGUCGCUAUCCCACCUGUCGGACAUUUCGAUUUCAGCAGUCUGAAGAAUAGCCCCGAGGAAACUGAGAAGGGGGUCGUAGAACUUGUCGAUGUGGGAGGGGGCCAUGGUGUUGUUCUGAAGAGAAUAUUAGACGCCCACCCUGAGCUCACACCGAGGUCUUGCUAUCUGCAAGAACGUCCGGACGUCAUCGAUAUGGCCAAGUCAAGCGGUGUUCUACCAUCCGACACUGGCUUCAUGCCACACGAUUUUAUGACCCCAAAUCCUAUCAAAGGCGCAAAGGCAUAUUUCAUGCGUAUGAUUCUUCACGAUUAUGCAGAUAGUGUCGGCAUUGAGAUUCUCAAGAGCCUGGCUGUUUCGAUGUCACCAGAGUCCCGCGUGUUAAUCUGUGAAAUGGUUCUUCCAGCUCGUGUUGGCGAGGCCGACUUCCCUGCGGCUGUUCUUGAUCAAGCAGUGAUGACAAUGGGUGGUAAAGAGCGAACUGAAGCAGGGUUCAGUUCCAUGCUUGAGGCUGCAGGACUUGAGCUUGUCAAAACUUGGAGGGUUCUUGGCGUGCCUGGUGCAUGCGUUGAGGGAAGGUUGAAGAGAUAA